CUGGUUUUGAAUUUUGGAGAGAGAGAAAGGAUGGCGUUGAGAAGGGCGUUGGGGUGGUCAGAUGGGGAGCUGAUGAGAUCAGACUCGAAACCAUGCUCGAGGCUGAUGAGACACACUGCUGGGAUUUUCUCUGUCGGAGGUGGUCUCGGCUUCUGGGUCCUCUGCAGAUUGCACUACGGUCCAAGAAUAACAGUACCGAGAAGUCUUAGGUGGGCUGCUUGUGGGACGGUAUCUAUGAGCUCAAUGUCAGCUCUGCUGGUCCGCCUCUUUAGUCCUGAGUGCGAACCCCAGAACAUAGCUGCUUAUGACAAGGCUAAAUGAUAUCAUCUGUACGGUUCCAAUGUCUAUCUGUUCAUUGAAAUUCUGUUAACUGCUUGCUAGCAGCAAGAGACUGCUGUAAAACACAUCAAUGUCUGAGGGUUGGAAGUGUUCCAGUGAAGUAGUUUGGUAACUGAGAUGAUUCAUUUUCUUAAGUUGUAAUUUCAGCAUUUAGCAAGGAAAAGUGACUUCGUAUUCAAACACUGUCAACUGUACUACGCUUCUUUUUUAUAUAAUUGAUUCCUUGAAGAC